AUGGGUGUAUUUGGCGACCUCUCGCCGGGAGGCACCAUCGCGAUUGGUAUCCUAGUCGGUCUACUGUCCACGAGCGUCCAGUCCCUCGGCCUCACCCUACAGCGAAAAUCGCAUAUGCUCGAAGAUGAGAAGUAUCCCCUCGAAUUCCAGCGACCGGCAUAUCGAAGACGAAGAUGGCAGCUGGGCAUGGGCAUGUUCGUCAUAUCCAACAUAUUCGGAAGUACCAUCCAAAUCUCGACCCUACCACUACCAGUCCUAUCGACUUUACAAGCUGCCGGACUUGUAUUCAACUCCAUAUGCGCUACAUUAAUAUUAAACGAACCUUUUACGCGAUGGUCUUUCUACGGGACCGCACUUGUCACCACCGGCGCUGCAUUAAUAGCUAUAUUCGGCGCGAUACCCUCUCCGGCACACAGUCUAGCGGAGCUACUGGAGUUGCUUGGUAGAUGGCCGUUUAUUCUCUGGAUGUCGCUCCAGGCUGUACUUGUUAUCUCGAUGGCAUUGGUCAUCGAUCUAGUCAAUCAUUUCAGCAGUUUAUCGCAGAAUGCCAGGUUCCGGCUAGCCCGUGGACUCGUAUUUGGAUGCAUCAGCGGUAUUCUAUCGGCUCAUUCCUUAUUAUUCGCGAAAUCCGCCGUCGAAUUGGUCAUCAGGACAAUCGCUGAUGGCGAUAACCAAUUCGGGCAUUGGGAAUCAUGGAUGCUUGUGCUUGGAUUGGUCGCCCUGGCCUUGAGCCAGCUGUAUUAUCUUCACCGCGGAUUGAAGCUAGUAUCCACAUCCGUGUUAUACCCUCUUGUGUUUUGUAUUUACAACAUCAUCGCCAUUCUAGAUGGCUUGAUUUAUUUCCACCAGACCGACCUCAUCACACACUUACAUGCAGGGCUGAUUACCUUGGGCACGGUUAUAUUAUUAUCUGGCGUUCUAGCAUUAUCAUGGCGCCUCAGCGACGAGCAGCACCCACCAGCUGUUGGGUCAUCAAGUCUUACGCCAGGACUGGGACUUGUCGAAGAUACAGAAGGGGAGGAAUCAUCUCCGACUGAUACCGAAUCGGCUGGUGAGGCUGGAACAGCAGUACCGCCUACAUACAACACAUUCGCACCGAACGGGGAGACCACACCCCUCACACCAGGCCGCAAGCCAUCCAGCCGCUGGCACGAGCGCGCGCAGAUAUGGGAUGAAUUGGAAGACCAAGAAACGCCGAGGCCAUCAUUGAGAAAUAGGUCGAGCACUUUACCUGCAAGUGCGAUUGGCGAAGAUACGCCACUAAUGCCAGGGCGAAGAGUCAUAUCAGGGGAAUCGACGGCGUCACUAAACGCGGUCGAAGCGGACGAAUCCUCGCCGAGGAAGAUGUUUAGACGACGAAGAAAGUCAACCGGAUUCCCGGGUUUCACAGCACGUAAACAUAUACGGCGGAAGAGUUCCGCCAGUGCUGGUGUUCAAGAUGCUCUGGGCGGAAUUUGGAAGCUGAGGUGGUGGCGAGGGAAACAAGACGACCCGGACGUAGCGGUAGCAAGCCCACCGGGUAGCGGAAGUAGAAGUCGACUGUGGAGUCCAUCGAGGCGGCAACGAUAUGAAGACGAGCCGGAUGAUGAGGGCGAGAGAAGGUCGAGACCAGGAAGUCCUAGAGGUGAUGAUGCUGUUUAA